AUGGCUAGAAAUUUUGAUGAUAUGUUCAAUGAGGCUUUGUAUGGCAAAAGAAGACGGCAAGAUAACACACUCAUAGAUAACUGGAUUGAUGAGUAUUUACUCGAAGAUUCAGAAGAGGAAGAUAUCGAUAGAAGCCCUAUCCCAAUUACUCGUAGAUGGAUCAACAGAGAUCGAGAAGCAGGACAUGAUUGCCUUUUCCAAGAUUACUUUGCAGAUGAACCGAGGGUUGAUGCAACUGGAAGAAGAGGCUUGUCGCCACUUCAGAAAUGUACCGCUGCGAUACGGAUGUUAGCAUAUGGCGUAGCAACUGAUGCUGUUGAUGAUUAUGUGCGGAUAGGCGAGAGCACUACAAUUGAAUGCUUAGAAAAAUUUGUUGAAUGUGUCAUUUCCGUGUUCCAGGAUGAAUACUUGCGAAAACCCAAUCCAAAUGACGUACAACGCCUGCUACAAAUGGCGGAGGGUCGUGGCUUCUCUGGCAUGUUGGGUAGCAUUGACUGCAUGCAUUGGCAAUGGAAAAAUUGUCCAAAGGCGUGGAAAGGUAUGUACAUGAGUGGUUAUCGUGGGGUUGCAACCAUAGUACUUGAGGUUGUAGCAUCUUCAAACCUUUGGAUAUGGCAUGCGUUCUUUGGAGUUUCUGGUUCAAAUAAUGAUAUCAAUGUGUUAGAUCGUUCUCCAGUGUUUGAUGAUAUUCUAAAUGACCGUGCUCCGGAGGUAAAUUAUACUAUUAAUGGUAAUAAUUAUACAAUGAGAUACUAUUUAGCAGAUGGUAUUUAUCCUGAAUGGGCCACAUUUGUCAAAUCAAUCUCAAAGCCACAAGGUGAGAAACGCAAGUUAUUUGCACAAUACCAAGAAGGGCAAAGAAAAGAUGUGGAACGAGCAUUCGGAGUGUUGCAAGCACGCUUUGCAAUUAUACGUGGUCAAGCUCAUUUUUGGGAAAAGAAAAAGCUUGCCAACAUAAUGAGAGCUUGUAUUAUAUUACAUAAUAUGAUUGUUGAGAAUGAAAGAGACAGUUAUACAGGAAAUUUUGCUCAAGGCUUAGAGUAUGAUGAUGUUGAAAAUGGCUUAUCACAACCUCAGCUGGGAGAGGAAGAUUUUGCACCAUACCAUCAAUUUCUCCAAAGAAAUGCCCAACUUCGAAAUAGGCAGCAGCAUAGACAAUUGAAGGAGGACUUGAUUGAACACAUAUGGCAAUUUCACAAUGCUUGUUGUCAACUAUAG